UCUUGUCCUCCCUUCAUCCUCUCUGUCUCCGUGAUCUGGGCUAUGCUGCUCCAGAGGAGAGACAGAGGGAGAGGCAAAUAGAUGAGCCAAACUACUUGUCGCUGAUCGCCCACUCGCUUACGAGACACUCGCUCUUGACGACAAAUCACGCUCCUCUUGAUCGAUAGAGCCGCAGAAUGAUCUCCAGAGCUGUUUCGCAGGUCUUCAAGUGGUGGGAGCCACUGAAGCUCGAGGGAGACAUCAGGCAUGUGCGGCACCGACGGCGCCGAGAGAGGCAGAUUCUCAACAUCCUCGACGGCAUCGGCUUCAGCUGGCGAGUCUACCUCGUCGCCUUUAUGGGCUUCCUGGCCUCGAGCUGGAGCCUGAUCGCCAUCAACAUCACCACGCCGGCUCUGUUCUACCUUUACGGGCCCGAGAGCAGGGAUAGCGAUGGCGGCGCGCUCCCGAAGGAUGCCGACCUGGUGCUCGACAUGGUGACCCUCGGCGGCACCGUCGUCGGCAUGAUCGGGUUCGGGCACGUCGCCGACAGGCUCGGCAGGAGCGCGCUGUAUGGCUUCGAGCUACUCAUCGUGCUGGCGGCCAUCGGCGGCGCCGCGUUUUCGAGCCGGGGGUACGUCGACCCCAUAAGCGGCAGCUCCUCCAUGGAUAUCUACGCCUCGCUUAUUUGGUGGAGGGCGACUCUUGGGCUGGGCAUAGGAGCAGAGUACCCAAUGAGCGCAGUUAUCGCCUCGGAAUUCACGGCCACGGCCUGGCGCGGCACCAUGCUCGCCGCCAUCUUCCUGGCCCAAGGCAUCGGCCGGGUCUGCGCCUAUGGCCUGGGCCGGGCCAUCAUCCAUGCGUACAGCCUGCAGGCGCCGGCCAUGGCCAAUGGGGGCGAUGCCUCGGUAAAGCUCGCCGUUGACAGCAUCUGGCGCAUGGUCCUCGGCCUCGCCGGCGUGCCCGCCGUCUUCGCCAUCGGCCUCCGCAUCUUCAUCCCCGAGACCCCGCGCUUCUACUCGGCUAUCAAGCGCGACCUCAACAAGGCCCUCGGCGCCGUUAUCAAGAUCGGCUCCACCUCGCCGCGGCCCCAGGACGCCGCGUCCGACGACUCGGACGAGCCGGAUGCCGAGGAAGGCGGUGGUGGUAGGCCGUCAUGGUCUUCCGCCUUUUGGACCUAUCUCUUUGGCAAGAGCCAGGGGUGGAAGCGCCUCACCCCCCUAACACCGCAGUGGCUGCUUUUAGACAUAGCAUUUUACGGCACGGGGCUGGAUAGCCCCCGUACCCUCGCCGGCUUGUUGAUGAACAGCACACCAACGGUGAAGCCAGGAGACCUACCAACCUGGAACGAGGACCUGAGCAGACCAGGUGCGGAUAUCUACGAGGUACUCCAACUCAACACGGGGCGGACGCUGUACAUGACGUCCGCCGCCGCCAUCACCGGCAGCCUGGCCGUCAUACCGCUCAUGGGCCUGUUCAAGCGCCGGACGCUCUACAUCUGGACGAGCGGCGCCCUGGCGCUCCUGUUCGCGGCCGCCUCCAUCACUGUCUCGCAGACGUACGGCCGGGAGGGCGACGGCCACUACGCCAGCGUCGUGCUGUACGCGCUGACGCAGUUCCUAUUCAACCUCGGGCCGAACACGUUGACUUUCGUCCUCGCGGCCGAGGUCUUCCCGACCGAGUUCCGGGGCACCUGCUACGGCGUCGCGGCGGCGGGCGGGAAGGUGGGCGCCAUCCUUGCCCGGGUCAUCUCCAGGUCGAUGAGGCACGUCGAUGACGAGCGCGGGCGCGGGCUGUGGAUCAUGCUAGCCGUGUUCUCGGGGAUCAUGGCCCUCAUGGCCGCCCUCACGCUCUUCGCCCCCUUUGGCCUCGGCAUCCCCGACACCCAGACGACCGAGAGGAGGUACGACGGCUCCGCCGGCGGCGGCGGCAGGAGGAGAGCAAUCUGCGGAGGAGGACCGGGCGGGCUGACGGACCUCAGCCUCGAGGAGAUCUCGCCGUGGCCGCUUGUCGAGAGUGACGAUGAGGGUGGCGAUGUGGUAGAGUAUGGGGAUGAAGUCCGUGGGAUGCGGCAGAGUCGCGCUGUGGGGGUUGAUGGGCAGUCGGGUGGGAGUAGCGGUGGCCUGGCCGAGAAUGGCUGGGCCGGGCUGCCUCCCCCUGCCCAGGGGUACUGAUGCCGUCGCUAUCUGCCACGGGUUCUUGGCCGGUGACAGUAUGUAUUCCUCGUGUGUAUUUGCCGAGCUAGUCUGAGGUGACAGCUCGCAGAGUAAUUGCUAGAUCCAAGGUCGACUUUCUUCUAUUCAUUCAGUUCGACAUGAUACUCGACAACAGGCAAGGGCGAUUAGGGUGCAGUCCAGACCGGGAUGAGGUCAAAUUAUCCCACAACUAGACUCUCAACCGGCAAUAUGUACAGAUAUUCUACCCCAAAGAGGAAC